UCGAUUGUUCUCGGUACUCGUUCAGGGUCGAAUGUAUAAAAGACGAGAGACGAUCGUGGCACGAUGAUACUCGUGCACGGUUCACGGUACAGAGACGAUGGCCACCCGUCACGCCGAGUCACGCUCGUUCGUUCAAAAAUGCGUGUUUUUGGCGUUCUUGUUCGCCAUUCAGGUGGCGGGAGGAGAGAUCUGCGAUAAAACGAAGUGUGCCGGCGUAUUGAAAUAUUACGAGGGGCUCGGUUGUACUCCUGUGUACAAGAAUCCGAACGAUUGCUGCGCGGAAUCGUACAACUGCACUCACCUGGACAAUUUGUCACGAGAUAAAUGCUACGUGAACGGCCACGAGUAUAGCGAUGGAGAGACGCUGAGACCCGAGCACGCGAAUCCUUGUGACAUUGGCUGCAAGUGUAUACUCUUCAACAAUGAAGCCAGCUUUGUAUGCGCGGGUUUCGAUUGCGCUUUCAUUUCGGGGGGAGAAAAUUGUUUUCAUAGAUCCACUCAUGAUAGUUGCUGUCCAAACACGGUACCGACUUGUCUGAAGGAAGGAGAAAAAAGGGCGACUUGCAAGGUUGAUGGGAAAGUUUAUCUAGAUGGAGAAUACUUUAGCCCAAAAUCUGACCCGAAUUUGGAUUGUUACUGCAUGCCUGGAUACACAGGUGAAAAUAUCGAGCCCUUCUGCAAGAAAAUUAAUCAUCCUCAUUGCUCUCCUUUGUUCACAAACGGUGGAUCUAUAUACCAGAAAUGCGCCCCCGUGUUUUACGAUAAUCAAAAUCCACAAACGGAUUGCAGCUAUGUUACGAGAUGUCAAAACUCGGAAGACGUCGUUAUUCAUAAUCAUGACCACACUAAAUCUAUUUCCGACGAAGAAGACAAAGUAUGCAAAUUCGGUAAUAUGACGAUGCACAUAGGCGACGAAUUGGAUAAAGGAACGAAUUAUGAUUCUCUUUGCGUGAAAUGCGUUUGCGAAGUACCUCCGAUUCCUACAUGUCGAAGACUUCCGGACAGCGAAUGCGACAUUAAUUAUGCAUAUCCAUCCAUAAAACUUCUGUAAAUAAUCUGUGAUUAUUUAUUACCAAUGAUACGAUUUUCCAAAGAUGUUAUAUAUCUCGUAUAAACGCUCGUUGACAGUUUUAAUUGUUUUAUAGAAAAAUUAUUAUAUAUAUAUAUAUAUAAAAUAUCCGAUA